UGCGUGUGUGUGUGUCUCUGUGUCUGUGUGUGAGAGCGUCUCUCUCUCUCUCCGCGGCGCGCUCGCUUCUCCUGGUCUGCGGAUGCAGUCGCCCGUACCGUCGUCCACCGUCGCCACACCAACAAGUUGGCUGCCUCGGAGCUGUGAGGUUGGCUGCCACCAUCAUUACUAUCGCGCCUGUUUUGGCUGUCGCCCGCUGCACGCUUGCCGCGACGCGACGCGACGCGAUACACGGCUGAGCUGACAGGCAGCACAAUACCUCCUCAUUACCUACCUUACCUUACCUUAGGAGGCACCUACCUACCUUACUCACCUUGUUUGCUUCGAGAGUAACUACCACAACACAGUAAAGCACAGCACAGCACAGCACAGCACAGCACAGUACAGUACAGUACAGCACAGUACAGCACAGCACAGCAUAGCACAGCACAGUACAGUACAGCACAGUACACCCACUGCGCCAGCUAUACACACCUACCUACCAGGUACCUUAGCUACCGAGCUCUCCACCAACAUCAAACACGCUACUCUGCACCGCACAAAGACGCGCAGUCGCGCACUACCGAUACGACAUCCUCGAACAUGGCCUCUUCGUCCUUCCGCGAUAGCAUGAAUAGCUUGGGCUGGUCACGCCGCGCAGAUGAGCCCGUCAACACCGCGCCGCAGAAUCCGAUACUGGGCACUCUCUCGAAGCUGAACCCCUUCGCAAGUGCGGGUUAUGUCAGGCUGCCUACAACAGAGGGCGAAGGCCCUGGCGCACCGCUUCCGGCGCGGACAAGGAGGGAAGAGGAAGAAGGAUGGUUUGCGCUAAGUCGAUGGGACCGUCUUCUACUUUUCGGUGGCUUGAACCUCGCUGCCAUCGCCUUGUUUGUCGUUUGCUUCACCCUCAUGCCCAUCCUCAGCCUGAGACCACGCAAAUUCGCAAUCCUUUGGACAAUGGCAUCAAUGCUCUUUCUGGGCUCGUGGGCGAUCUUGAUGGGCCCGAUGGUCUACGUGCGCCAUCUGGUGUCGCAAGAGCGACUACCAUUUACAGCCACAUACUUUGGUAGCAUAGCGCUGACGCUGUACUUUGCGGUCGGACUGCGCAGCACUAUCCUGACGCUACUCACAUCGAUUGUUCAAAUUGUGGCACUGAUUUGGUACCUCGUGAGCUACUUUCCCAUGGGAUCACAAGGUCUGAGAUUGGCUGCCAGGUUCGGAGGGGGCCGUAUCAGUGCUGCACUCAACGGAUAGACCGGGUGGGCAACGCAAUGGGAUCGACGAGACUAGCGAGUGAUGUGUGUGGGUGGGUGGGUUUCUGUGUGUACAUGUGCUUGUGUGUGUCUGAGUGUGGGUGAGUGGGUGUGUGUGUGUCUGACGUACAUAUCGGAAUGGAUACAUUUCCACUCUCGUGCUCUAUGGACACCUCAUGGAAACAUGAAGUUUGAGGAUUGUCCGUUGGUGGAUGGGUCUAAUGAUAGCAUCAUCAUGCAGUGGGUUCAUGCCAUGAUUUGCGCGCACUUUUU